AGCUAAGGAGAUACUUAGUGGAGAAAGUCAUGGCUGCCAAUAACAAGUCACAGCCUCAGAAAUCAAGAGAUACUUUGGAGAAGAAAGUCGAUAAGAUCUCGAAGAGCUUAUCAGAGUUGAAAACACUAUUGUGUUCUAUAAAGCAAGAUCCCGUAGGAAGAAGCGACAAGGAUGAAGGGAUUAAUCAAAGAAAUAAUCAAAAAGAAACUUUAGGAAGGAGCCGAAGUGCUCCUGCUGCUUUGACUCAUGUUGCAUUUGAUGGCAAAUUGAUUACGAGGCUAGACCAUCGCCUCCAGGUGCUCAAACUGAAGCUGGUAAAGCUGGAGCAAUUUCAAACAAAUGUGGGAGAAGAGCUUGAUAAACAUCUUUCUACCGUUCAGUCACUGAUUAAAAAUUUGGAUUCUUCCAGGGUUUCUUCUCAAACUACGUUUUGGAUCAAGCCCGACUUAGAAGGCAUGGAGACAAAGAUCUCUGACUUGUUUUACCAAGUCCCCUCGUUGUCUGGCAAGCCAGAAAAACAAAAAGCAGCAGCAUAUGGAUUUCAAGAUGAUGAAGAGCUUAUUCAUCAAGGAAAAUCCUGUUUUUAUCUUCCCAGUAUGUAUACAAAUGUGGAAGAUCUCACCAAAGGAGAGGUUUUUAGACAAGUAAUACAGAAGUUUAAGGAGCUUGAAAUUGAACAGAAGAUCUGCCUUUUGAGUUUCGCAGUGUUUCCAGAGAAUCGAGAGGUUCAUAGAACAAUGCUGAUGUAUUGGUGGAUAGGAGAAGGGGUUCUACCUGUCGAAGGAGCUGAAGAAGCUGUUAGGGAAGUUCUUAAGGAAUUCACUGAGAAAAAUUUGGUUGAACCCGUUGAAGAGAGGCGCAAAGUGGCUCCAAGCAGCUAUAAGAUGAAUCCUUUUGUGCAUUCUUCAGUUGUUCUUCUCUCCAAGGAGAUUGGAAUUUUUGAUAUCUAUCGUAAAGGGAAGAAGCCAAGGAUAAAAAAAACGGUGAUGGGAAAGGUGUGCCUUGUGGAGGGGUCAUCAAUCCCUAAAAAAAUGCCAUCGCGAGAUCAUAUCGAAACUGUGUUCAAUGUUUCUGAGAGUUCACCAGAUUUCACAUUCAAGUGGUUCUCGGAGAAGCCAUCAAACAAAAAGCUCAUGAUCAAGCUAUCCACAACUUGGUUCAAGUCACUCAAGGUCUUCUAUUUGGGGAGAUGGGAAAGAAGUAAGAAACGCCAGAUCCAGGUACAAAAUCCUCAGCUAAUGCAAUGUUUGAAACAUUUGAAGAACCUAAGGUUUCUAAGUUUUCAAGGGAUCCAAACCAUUAGAAGCCUAAACAGUUCGGUUUGUAAGCUACGCAAGCUGCUCAUCUUGGACCUAAGGGAAUGCUAUGGCCUGAAGAAACUUCCAGAAAAGAUAGGUUCACUUGAGAAUCUAGUCUACUUGAAUAUGACAGGAUGCUAUAUGUUGGAAUGGAUUCCCUUUAGGUUGGCUUUGUUGAAGAGGUUAGAGGUUCUCAAGGGCUUUGUGGUUAGUGAUGAAGUCUAUGAGGGUGUUGCGUGCAAACUUAAUUAUUUGAAGGGUUUAACGAAGCUAAGAAAGCUCAGCAUCGAAAUAAACCGAGAUGAUCUUGGUGUAGGAAAAAUGAUGGAGGAUCUUGUAGAACUCAAAGCAUUGACAAGCUUGAAGGUGACAUGGAGGAGGGAUAUUUUUAUUGGCGAGGAUUCCACGAACAUUAAAACUCUUCCUGAUCAGUUGAAGAAACUGGACCUGCAGCGUUUCCCGCACGAAGAACUGCCCACUUGGCUUCAUCCCGAGAAUCUGCUUCACUUGAAAAAGCUCCACAUUGGUGGAGGAAGACGACUCAAGGGUGUCGGUGACUUGCCUGAGAAGGCAACAAAAUGUGCCGUUGAAGUCUUGCGUCUCACGUCACUCCCAAAGCUAAAGCUUGGGUGGAUAGAGCUGAAGCAAAUCUACUUCCCAAAUCUGGCCUUUCUUGAGAACUAUGAAUGUCCAAGAGUUACCCUCACUCCCUGCGAUGGAACUGGAAUCUGGAGAUCUGACCAAGACUAGUGUUGUGCUCGAAAUCAGUCACAUCGCUACUAUGGACAUAUUCGAUUUAUCAUGUUUAUGCUUUUCUUGUGUGGCUUACUUAUGCUUUUUACUUUUUAAAGUAAAAGCAGCUCAAGUUUCUCAACAAAUCAGCUCAUGCUUU